AUGAAGGCUACUGUGAAGUACACAUUAUUAACAAUUUUAGGUGUGGAAAUGAUUAUAGGGUGUUUAGGAAAUGGAUUCAUAGCUGUGGUGAACAUCAUGGAAUGGGCCAAGAGAAGAAAGUUCUCCCUAGUGGAUUGGAUACUAACUGCUCUGGCCAUCUCCAGACUUGCUUUUGUGUGGUCACUACUCAUAAUUUUAUUGAUAUCUGAGUUUUACCCAACAUUGAUGAUAACAAGAAAAAUGUUGAUAAUAAUUAAUAAUUCCUGGACAGUGACCAAUCAUUUCAGCAUCUGGCUUUCUACAUGUCUCAGCAUCUUUUAUUUUCUCAAGAUAGCUAAUUUUUCAAAUUCUAUUUUUCUUUCCCUAAGGUGGAGGGUAAAAACUGUGGUUUCAGUAACUCUAAUGGUGUCUCUUCUCCUCUUGUUUGUAAAUGUUAUAGUCAUAAACACAUGUAUUGUUAUCUCGGUUGAUGAAUAUAAAGUGAAUAUGUCCCACAGUUCUCAUUCAAAUAACAGUCUACAAAUUUUUAGGAUUUUUUUAUUUCCCAACACUAUGUUCACGUUAAUACCCUUCAUUGUGACUCUGACAGUUUUUCUCCUGCUCAUCUUCUCCCUGUGGAGCCAUCUGAAGAAAAUGCAACACAAUGAGAAAGACUCCAGAGACCCGAGCACCACAGCCCACAUUAAGGCCCUGCAGAUGGUGGUCAUCUUUCUCUUACUAUACACUGUUUUCUUUCUGGCACUUGUCAUGCAGUCUUGGAAUGCUAUGAUUCAGUGGAAAACUGUGUUCACUUUUGUUUUUGAGGCUGUAGCACUUGCUUUUCCUUCAGGUCAUUCAUGUGUCUUAAUUAUGGGAAAUUCUAAGCUUAGGCAGGCUUUUCUGUCCAUAGUGUGGUGGCUGAGGUCCAGUUUUAAUGCUGCAGAACUCCCAGGUCCUUAG